AUGGACCUUUCUUUCAAGUUAUAACCAGAUCUUGAGCAAAAAUACAGAUUAAAGCUUAAUGAAAUUAAUUAAAAAAUUCAUCAAUCUUACUUUGGAGAAGCUGAGACUUAGCUUAAAGAACUCUAGGGCUAAGCAUAAAAGGAUUCUGAUCAUGUAGUGGAAUUUCUUAUUUAGCAUAAACUAAUCAAAAUCUUGUACAUCACUGGAGAAUACUUGCAGGGAAUCAAGUUAGCAGAAGAAAUAAUUGAAAAAAUUGAGCAUUUAACUGUUAGAUCUCUAAAAUAAGAAGAGAAAGUGACUGAAGGAAAAGUUGAUAAGGAAGGAGAGAAUGAAUUAGAAAAAUCAGUGAAGAUUGAAGAUAAGUAAGAUACUCACAGGUCUGAUGAAAUGACCUAUUUGCAUAUCAAAGCUAAAUGGAUGCUAGCUAAGAUUUAGAGCAAGAUUAGAGACAUAGUUAAGGCUGAUGAGCAUUGCAAAUAUAUAAGUAGCAUUAUAAGAUCAUAAAAAGAUCCUAAAAAUUAUUGGAAAUUUGAGUUAAAGGCUUUAUACCUACAAGCAAAGCAUCAAGAAUGCACAAUGGAAUUUGAGCAAGCAAAAAGGUUCUUAGUUUAAGAUGCUCAAUUAUUGUUAGAUAAACUAUUCCCAGAGUAAGCUAUUCGAGAGGAUUAAGCCUUACCUUAGGAGUAAUAAGAAGCUUAGUUAGAAGGAGUAGAAAAUAAAGUAAUACAUGAGGAAGAGAAUAAAGAUGAAUAGAAGGAAGCCAAAUUUAUCAAUAUAUACUUGAUUCAGAAUAGAAGGGAAUAUGCCUACUAUCUUAAGAAGUUUGCUUUCUAUGAUAAAGCUGUCUAAUAGUUGAAAGAUUUGAUGGCUGAUGAAAUUAGUUACUUUAAAUUAGAAACAGAUUAAUAAGAUGGAAAAGAUUUACCAAAAUUCUAAUUAUAAGAAGUUAAUAGGCUUUCAUCUCAACAAAUUGCUGGAUUGAGAUCAAUAUCUAAGACUAUAUAUUACCUUGGUAAAGUGUUUGGCUUCUAGCACUUGCUUAAAUCUUCCUUAAAAUGCUUUGAAACCUAUCGCACAAUCGGGAAGUUUCUUGCUGGUCAUGACGAAAUAAUGGAGACAUUUAAAUCUUUGAAAGCUUAAAAAGAUGUUCAUUUGAAAGUUUUUUCAGUUAGGAACAAAAUAGUGCUAGAUCACGCUCAGGAUAAAUUGAACCAAGCCAAUUAGGUGCUUGUUAAGAUUUUGGGAAUGCCUAUAGAGGAGGAAUCCAAGAAUUACUUAAUUGCUAGACAGUUGAAAUACCAAGGCGAGAUCAUGAUAGAUAAGAAAAAUAUCGAAGAGGCAGAAAAAUUGCUUCUAGCAUCACAAAGAAUGAUAGGAGCAAUAUAUUCUGAUAAUCAUCCCAUAAUAAUUGAGUUCAACAAUAAUUUGAUUGAGUUGUACUCAGCUAAAGAUGAAGAAAGCCAAAAAGCUAAAGCAGUUCAAAUAUCACUUAAAAAUCUCGAAAUUGCAAAGUAGUACUAUGGACCAACAAGUAUCUAUAUGCUCAAGCAAGAACUCUAGAUAGUCUCAAAUCUAACUAAUCAAUAACAGUUCAGCUAAGCUCAAUAGCAUGUCGCAUAGAUGAGGUUGAUAGUCCAGAGGUGUCAUAAUGAUGACGCUUAGAGCAUAAGGAAUCAAUUCUUAUUCUUAGCCUAAAUUCUAGCAGCAGUGAGUCUAAUGAGCUCACCUUAAACUUUACAAUCAGCUGAAAAAAUUCUUUAGUAUGUUUACGAUGCUUAGUUAGUUUACGUUGAGGAAUUUGAUGAACAUCCCUUUUUGGAAUAAACUUUAGUCAACAUUGGUAUAUUUUACAGAUCAAUGUAGAAAUAUGAUGCAGCACUGUACUACUGGGAAAGAGUAAGAUUGAUUUAGGAAAAGAUGUAUCUUCAUGACAGAGAAGUUAUAAUCUAUACUCUGAAGAAUAUAGGAAUAUGUCAGUACUAGAGAAAUUUAUAUUAAAAAGCAGAAGAGAGUUACCAAGCUGCUCUACAAAUUAUUUAAGAGAUACAAGCUAAUCCUUUAAAUGAUGUGACAGAGGAUAGCAAAAAAGAGGACAAUGAGCAGUUAUCACAGAUAUAUUACUGUUUGUACUAGUCAGCUGUGAAUAGAGGUGACAAAGUUAAAGGAAUUGAGUAUAAUGACUAAGCUUGCCAGGUAAACAAGGAAUUGUAUGGAGUAAAAAGCAUCAAUGUGAGUAACAACCACUUUGUAGCAGCUUAACUCUAUAUGAAGACUGGUAAAAUACCAGAAUCUAGAGAGCAUAUCCUAUAAGCAAUUGAAAGCAUAGAAAGUGUUUAAGAAUUGAACUCUGAUGAAGUUUAGCAUAUUAAUAUCAACCCCAAGAGUUCUUAAGAUCUAAUCCUAAUCAAGAUGAAAUACAGAUUACAUCUUGCCAAUCUAGACUAUAUCUCUAGUGACUUGGACUCUUGUCUUCAAGAUAUAGAUGAUGCCUUGAAGCUCACUGCUGAGAACACUGUAAUUCCAUACGAACAUCUAGAGGAAAUAUUCAAGAUUAGAGUAGAAUUGAAAGCCAUUCAGAAGAGAGCAAAGGCUAAGAAGCUGAGGACGAGCAGCUUGGAUGGAUCUGACGAUAAAGAUCUACAAGAAUCACAGACUGCAGCUCAAAGUGGAGUUAAGACAUCUUAGUUGUUGGGAGUAUUUAGCAUCAUUGGAACCACCUCAUUCUUAGCAUCAUAUUUAUACAUGAAAGCCAAAAACUGA